AUAUCUGAUAACUUCUCAUUGUUCCUCCUUUUGUUUUUGGCACUGGUCAGUGACAGAGAAUCCUAUUAAAUUACGGUUACAUAUGAGCUUCUGGUAUGCACUGAAUUUCUGUAGCCCAUUACAGAGACUCCUGGGGAAUGAACCCAAGGCUUUUAUAAUUACUAAAUUCUAUUUACAGAUAUCACUUGAAGCACUUCCUGUAGAACAUCAGCACACCAUCAUUCACUUAAUGAAAGAGUAAAAUCACUGAUGUCAGGGAAUGGAUUGGUUUGGUUAACAGAAAGGUUAAAGAUAAAUAAUUAACAGUGUAACUGGCUGUUCCAGAACAGGGCUGCAAAGCUGGGCUAUAAAAGCACAUAACAAAUUUCUAUCACUGAGUCUCUGCAGGUCAGCAGGAGGGCAACCAAAGAAACAGAUCCAUGAGCACCAGACUGGGGAUGAUGGAUUUUAGGAAACUGUAUGGAAGAAGCCUCAGGCACUCACAAAUUGUGACACUGGACUUUGUUGUCCUGCCAGUCUUUUGUCUUGCUGCUCCCUGUAGCUUGUAGGAUCUCACUCCCAUCAGAGAGGUCAGUAGUGAAUGAGCUCCAUGGUCACAGCCAUAAGGACAAUCCAGGAGGUUUUUUACAAGCUUGACAGUUUGUGUAAAUGAUUGAAGAUAUGUGAAUACCACCUUUUUGAUGGUAGGAUAACGGUGCCAGCAAGGGAAAGGCAGCAGCCAGGAGCUUCUGUGACCAUAUCAGCAUGGGGCUGAGCUGAUAAGCAGCACUCACACUGGUCCCAAGCUCCACUCAGAGUCAUUUAUUGCCCUUUCAGAUAAAUGAAUUUUCAUUCUUACUACCUGGUGAGGUAUUUCCCCAGUGCACUGCAGAAUGUUGAGAGGCUGGGUAAAAACACUGCAGUGAAUAAAGGCACCACUGAAAUAAACCCAACUGCUCCAGUGGCUGAUAAUUGCCAGCAUUCAGUGUCCCCACACUGGGAUGACAGCUCUGAACCUUCCUGACAGGGGGGCUCUGCACACAUGGAACCAGAGACAUUGCAUCUGUGCAAUUGCCUUAACAACCAAAGGUGUCAUCACUGCAAACAGUGAAAUUGGGUUUGUGUGGCAUGACCUAUUUUAUGUAAAAUCAGUAAUUAUGUUUUCAUCCGUUAAUUCUUUAUUGCUCAAGUCCUGUAUCAAUUUUCUGUUAUUUUACCUGCCUGGUGGAGAGUUACCUGGGUCAACACUUUUUCCUUAAAUAUUGCCAUUCUAUUAGCACUUUCUUUAAAUGUUUUGAAAUUUCCUCAGUAUUCUAGACUUCCUGUAAUGAGCAUUAGCUAGCUAAUCAUGUAGAUUUAAAAGUAUUUAUUCCUUAUAUGAUUUAUUUAAUACUUUUUGUUGCAGAUAUGUGUGUGAUUAUUCAGUCACUAUGUUUUCAAAAGCACAAGUACUUUGCACUUACUCUGCAUCAACAGCUUGUUUCAUCUUAUAAUGUUCCCUGGCUUUAUUAUUGGCCUCUGGCCUCCAAAAGUUUAUUUCCUACUCUUCAGCCUCCUGGGCAAGUUUUCUGCAUUUUCUCUCCUCUAACAGAUAUUGUUGUUGGUUUUCCUCUAAUUUUGUUGCUAUAGUUUUUAAUUUUGCACUCUCUUUUUCAUCUUUAUUAUGACGUUCAAGCCUUGUUACAAUUUGCUACUGAUGUCCCUAAAUCUUGUUAAGGCAAAUUCUUAAACCUUUUUUUUUUUUACCCUAAUCUCUCUCUGCCCGCCCCUUUACACCCAGUUUUCUGAGCUCAGAGAAACUGGCACUUUGAGGCAGCAAAGAGUACAUGUCCUCACACUCUGCCUAUGUUUUUAUAGGGGAUGUUGAGACACCUUAAACCUGGCUGUGCUGUUCUCCAGGGUGCACAAAUGCAGCUCCAACUGCCUGAAGCUGUGAAUCUUUAGAGGAAAGAGUCAGCUGUGCAUGCAAGGGCCACAUGUGAUAUUUUUGCUUUAAGAAUGCUGGUUUUUAAUUUACUUUGAGCAUUUAUUUGUCCUCUCCAGGUUUUAGUUUUAUGAAUUUUUUCAGGUUGUGUCCUUUGAAAUACUCUCUGUAUUUCCCAAGAACAAACAUUCUUUUCUGUGGUUAAAGCUUCAAAUGACCAAGCCCAUCCACAUGUAUGUAGAGUGUGUGUGUGUACAGUGUGCCUGUACACAUUUACAUUAUCUGUGUGGGGCUGGGUGGUGUAUACUGAGAGAAGCUGAGUGUCUGUAUUCCAAAUAUAUCAGAAAAAUAAAGAGUUAAUAACAACCUGGAGUAGUAGCAAAGUGAGUGUUACUCUCCUGUUGCUAAGUGAGGUGGACAGAUGUUACAAAGAGUACAAUUAAUACUCUGCUGAUGUCCCUAAGCCAGAAAGAGGUUUAAACAGAAUUAAAUUAUAUUUAUUCCAGAAAAAUUAUAUGGUAGAAAUUAACCCAGAAUUAAAGACUCCAUGAAAACAGAAAGCAUUUGGCUAGUCUUAAUUGAACAAAACCUCUAUUUUUUAUCCAAAAAAUGCUUGAAAAAUUAGCCCAGGACACAGAGCUGUGUGCAGCAGUCUGAAACCACAGGAAAAGGAGACACUGUUGUGCAGGAAUUAGCUGAACACCAAUUGGGAUGAGCUGGAUGACUCCUCCAACAGCUCAAAGUAACCAUAUUUACCACCUCUCACUCAUGUUUUCCAUGGUUUAUAUGGCUGUGUAAAUCAGGAAUGUGGCUGACCUGCAUAAGACAUCCAUCAGAUCAGAUUCCAAAUGGGAGUUAGGUGAUGGUCUGGAAGGGCACGUGUUCCCAGAGCUGCAGGCAGGGAGCUCAGGGAGGGGCUGACACAGAAUCGUGGCUUUGUCGACCUCUUCUCCCUCUUGCUCCCCCAAAUGAGAGUAUUUUCCCCCAUCUGGGAACAUUGUUUCAUUGGUAUUGAUGCAAUAUUUUGUUUCUUACUGGGCUGUGAGGAGUGGUUUUCUAAGUUUUUUUCCUGUCAAUCAGUAUUUAGUGAAUUGCUUGUUGCUUCAAUAUUUGCUGAGCAGGUCCCAGGCCAGCCAGUUUCUGUGUUUUGCUUGAGCAGGUAAGUAAGGCUGUGCCUGAGCAGCCUGCAGAGCAGUGAGUUUGGUUUCAGAUUUGUUGCUUCCUGGGCAUUGCACAGACUUAGAGAACCCCAGAAUGGUUUGGGUUGGAAGGACCCUUAAAGCUCAUCCCAUCCCACCCCCUGCCAUGGGCACGGACAUCUUCACUAUCCCAGGCUGCUCCAUUCUGGAGCAUUUCCAAGGCUGGGACAGCCACAGGUCCCCUGGGCACCCUGAGCCAGCACGCCCCAGCUGUGCCUGCUAAGGAGCAAGCAGAGUGAACCAGACCUUGUUAAACCUUAGCAAAACACAGGUGUCAAACUCAUCAGCUGUGAUUCUGGAAGGCUCCAUCUCCAUGCCAGCCCUCCUGCCAUGGUGUUGCUGUCCUAUGGGGCAAUUAAAUUAAUCAAUAAUAACAACUUUUAAAAAGCACUGGUUAGUUUAAAAGCCUGGGGAGAGAAUGACUGUUAAUAUAAUUAGAUUUCUAGCUCCAGUUUCCAGGUUAGGAUAUUAUGGACACGUUUGUUCCUAUCACAUUUGCUUUGUGGUUCAGUAUGAAUUUUCAAUAGAUGACUUGGUGAUAAGAAAGCAGCAGUUCACAUGCAAUUAUAUAAACAGUAAGAUCAGCCUGGAAUUAGCCUGGAGAGUAUAAAGCACACACAGAGCUUGUGCUGGGUCACUGCCUCUCCCAGCUCAAGGCAGAAUCAGGUUCCUGUAAUAGGGAAGAAUUCUGCUGACAAGAGGUUGGUCUUUCCAGACUGGUGUUGCAGCUACAGGGUAAACCAGCCUGUGUAAUGGAUGGCUUUGCUAUGGGAAAUUGGCAGCUGGAAGAGACUAGAGGGUGAUGUCCAGAUGUUGGUAGACACUGUCAUUUAAAGUUUAUCAUUUAGAGGCUCUAGAGUAGUCCCCGAAAUUGUUUUGGGAGCUAAUCAAGGCUUUGUUCUCAGGAUCCACCCCGCAGGUCUGAGAAAUGAGGUCAGCACAACAGACAGAUAAAGCAGAAUUCAUUGAGUUGAACUCUUUGCUGAUAUUCUUUAUUGUAAUUUGCUUGAAUCUAUUAUUUAGUUCUUGGCUGUGUUCCCAUCUCAUCACGCCUCUAAGUCACUGGAAAUUGAAAAAUCCAGUUUUAUGCCUGAUAUGCACAGCCUUGUCUUUUUUUCUCUUUAACAUUUUAUAAGAUGCUUUCUUUAGAAAAUUGUUUUAAAGCAGUGAGAUUAUUUUAUUAUCUCUGCUUAAUUCUAGAGCUUAUGUUCUCUUACAUGUCACACUUUCAAAUCUUUCAGCUCCUCUUAUUUGUUCUGUGUCAGGAUUUUAUCACUCACUAGUGAGAAAUUCCAUGUAAUACGCUUUAGUGGGGGGAAAGUGAAUUUAUUCUAGGUUGUUAAUGGCCUCUUUUCCCUUGUUCUCUGUUUAGUGGUCAGUAUUAUUUCAAUAAGGACUGAGAUUGGAAAGAAAUUGUCAGGCUGUAGCUAGAAAUGUUAAGAUUACUCCAGGUCUGUGUCUGUCCUGGCUGCUCCUGUUGCAUGCAAGGACAUGGCUGGAAGGCACAUCCCAUUUUACCUGUGCUUUGCUCUGUUUGUUUGUUCUUCCCCAUCCAGCAUGAGUCCCUUCUUUGUGAUGUCUCUCCUCUUUGGCCUGAUUUUCGGACAAGCAGCAUCACUCUGUGCUCCUUCUGAGUACACAAUCCACGUGGAGAAGCGGGAAUGUGCCUAUUGCCUGGCCAUCAACACCACCAUCUGUGCUGGAUUCUGCAUGACUCGGGACAGCAAUGGCAAGAAGCUGCUCCUCAAGAGCGCUCUGUCCCAGAACGUGUGCACGUACAAAGAGAUGCUGUACCGGACAGCGCUGAUCCCGGGCUGCCCUCACCACACCAUCCCCUACUACUCCUACCCCGUGGCUGUGAGCUGCAAGUGUGGCAAGUGCAACACUGACUACAGUGACUGUGUCCGUGAGAGGGUCAGGACAAACUACUGCACUAAGCCACAGAAGAUCUGUAACCUGUAAAACUUGCAGUGGGAUGGGGGUGAAAUGUACUGCUCUGCUCACACCUUGACAGAAAUAAAACUGUUUCACAUUCGGUUUGCAAACUGCUGUGCACAAAGAUUUAUUCUGAAGGUGUAUAGUUAGUCGCUUCAAUUAAUUGGGUGUUCUGAGACAGCCAGAAAAGAAUGAUAAAGGCUGUG